AUGGCUUCUAGACUAUCAGCUUCGUCGCUUCUUCGAUUCACCCGCCUACCAAACCCGACGACAAAGAGGUUCGGACUCACUCCUUUGCAAAUACGUCUACUCUCCGACGAAACCCGAUCCGCCAUCGAUAAGGCUGUAGCCUCGGCGCCGGUUGUCCUGUUUAUGAAAGGCACCCCAGAGACACCGCAGUGCGGGUUUUCAAGGGCUAGCAUUCAGGUUCUGGGUCUACAGGGGCUGGACCCAAAGAAGUUCACAGCAUUCAAUGUGCUCGAGGACCCCGAGCUAAGACAAGGGAUUAAGGAAUAUUCUGACUGGCCAACCAUUCCCCAACUAUACGUCGAGAAGGAGUUCAUUGGUGGAUGUGAUAUCUUGAUGACCAUGCACCAGAAUGGAGAGUUGUCUAAGCUUCUCGAAGAGAAGGGCCUGGUCGUGCAGGCAGGGCAAUGA